AUGUUGAUGACGACCCAGCCGAUCUCUUUGUCGCCAAGGCAAUGCCAGAACGGAAACUGGACUGGAAAGCAGUGUGUGUGUGAGCAGGGCUUCACCGGUCUGGACUGCGAGUCUCUCUUGAUCUCCUUUCCCAUAGAAAUUCCAGGGGUCAUCUCUGGUAACGUGACCACAGUGGUGAAGGUGACCUACAGGAACUUCACGGAGGACCUGAAGAACCACUCCUCCGAAGCAUAUAAGAACUUCACUCGGCAAUUCACAGAGCAGAUGAACAAAAUUUACAGUGACAUUUCCGAGUACAAAGGGGUGGCCAUUAACAGACUUCUAAGUGGCAGCAUUGUGGUGGAAAACACUGUCCUCCUGGAGGCCAGCUACACCCCAGACUACCGCACGCAGUUCGCCCGCCUCAGGGAGGAAGUGAGGGCCAGGCUCAUGAACGAGACCAGUGUGGUUCACAACAACACUGACAAGUGCCAAGUUGCCAUGCUGUGUUACAACGAAACUGACACCACAGUGAAUGCUGUACAGCUGGACUUUGACCCACAGGAACAAUGCAUCCAGAAAGCUGCCAAGGACUUUGCCCGCUUCUUCUAUGUGGACGAGCUCGAUGGGAGGCUGGCGUGCGUGACUCCGUGUACAGAAAGGACGAAGUCACAGCUCAGGUGUCACCCAGGCCAGUGCCAACUGCUGCGCAGUGGUCCCCGCUGCCUGUGCCCCAACACAGACACACACUGGUACUGGGGGGACACCUGCGAGCACAAGACUAGCAAGGCCCUGGUGUAUGGGAUUGUGGGCACCGUGGCGGUGGUACUACUGGUGCUGGUGGUGGUCCUGGCCCUCUUCCUUGGCCGAUCUCGACGGAAACUCCACAGGGAAAAGUAUGACGUGUCUCCAGUGUGGCAGAGGGAGAGACUUCCCAGCAGCUUCGAGAACACGGGCGUCUGGGAAGGCAAUAAUCUAAAGGAAGACAGAUUCGGCCUGGAAACUGGGUACAGCCACUUCCGGCCCUCCCUGGAAAACGUGGACCCCCGUAGAGAGCUCCACAUUCAAAGGCCAAGAGUGGUGAAAAGCAGUCCCUGAGGCCCAGGGCCCACUCCUCAUGCAGAGUGACAGAGUGAUAGCACCCCCAGGGUGCCCCCAGAAGCUGGGUGCCAGGCGUGGAGGCCCUGCAGUCUCACUGGGCAGUGACGUGCCUGGCUGGUGAUCCCUGCUGAAGAAGGGUGGGGACUGCUGCUCCAGCCCUGGCCUCGACCCUCCCUCCAUCCAGGAGCCAAAGGAAUGGGGUGUCCUGGCUGACUUUG